GAUACUGUUCACCUCGUGGGUGCUCCCGGUGCUGUUUGGAAACGUGACGGGAAUAAUAUUACCCCAUCUUCACGUCUUUUGUUCACCGAUGCUGGUGGUUUGGUGAUUAUGGAGGUGUCGCGUGAAGAUAACGCCGACUAUGAAUGCUUUCUGAACGGACGACAAAUGGUCAAAUAUCGAUUGGUGGUAGAUCAUGAAGAAUGUACUAAACCACGAUCAGUGCAGGCCUACAAGUCCUGUCAACGAGAAUGGUGCAAGAAAGCCGACCAGUACAAGGCUGCGUUGGCUGAUUGGCAUGACGCCAAGCGUCGUAAUGCUCAGUGCCUUGUGAACGACUCAAGAAGCAAUUUGGACAAUACGAUUGAGUGA